UUUGAACCAUAAUUAGAACCUUAAAAAAGGAGGAUAUUUUGGUAAUAUCGGGAUAAAGAAAUAUGCUCCAUGCCGGAAAAAGGGUUGUCGUCGUCUGCUGACGUGUGCUGGGGUCUACUGAGAGAAGGAGUAGUCCGAACGGGAAAUACGUACGCACAACCCAAGCUCGACUGAGCCGGGGGCAGAGUGAACUGAAACAGCAACGAAGCCCUAGCUCUCUCUCCGAGCUCUCUGGAACGACCAUACCGAAACAAGGGUUCUCGACCAAUCUCAAAAUGCACAAAUUGGGUAGAAGUCACCGCGAUAAAGUCCAGCAGUUCAUGGCAAUAACUGGGGCAACCGAAAAAAUUGCCCUGCAAGCUCUGAAAACCAGUGAUUGGCAUCUUGAGGGAGCGUUUGAUGUUUUUUAUAGCCAGCCACAAAUUAGAACAUUCACUGAUUCCAGACACUUGGAGCAACUUUAUGGCAGAUACAAAGAUCCACAUGUUGAUAUGGUAAUGGCUGAUGGUAUCACUCUUCUUUGCAAUGACCUUCAGGUGGAUCCCCAGGAUAUUGUCAUGUUAGUUGUUUCAUGGCACAUGAAGGCUGCCACUAUGUGUGAAUUUUCCAAGCAGGAGUUCAUAGGUGGAUUACAGGCACUCGGGGUAGAUUCAGUGGAAAAGUUCCGCGAAAAGAUACCAUUUAUGCGUUCUGAGCUGAAGGAUGAACAUAAGUUCCGUGAGAUAUAUAAUUUUGCAUUCGGCUGGGCUAAAGAAAAGGGUCAGAAGUCUUUAGCAUUGGAUACAGCCAUUGGGAUGUGGCAGUUACUUUUUGCUGAAAAACAGUGGCCUUUGGUUGAUCAUUGGUGUCUUUUUUUGCAGGCCCGGCAUAAUAAAGCGAUCUCCAGGGAUACUUGGUCCCAACUAUUGGAGUUUGCAAGGAUCGUCGACCCUGCAUUAUCGAACUAUGAUGCGGAAGGUGCGUGGCCCUAUCUGAUUGACGAAUUUGUGGAAUACUUGAAUGAGAAUGGUGUCAUCCAAAAGGGUCAAUUGAAUGACUGGAGCCCAAAACGGUGAAGCUCUGCUGGAGCCCAAGACAGUGAGGAACUGCUGGAGCGGUGAUGCAUGCUAUGUAGUGUUUGCCAUCUUAUCUUCGGAGUGUUAUGGGCUAACCUACUUGAUUGUUGUUCUGUUUCAUCGUCAAAAUAAAAGAAAUAUCAUUUGGGAAUUGACAUAAAAUUUUCCUAUUGCCAACUUUACAGUGUAUGGGAUUGAUUACUAUUGAUAUUGUAAAUGGGAUUCCUGAUAAACUUCUUGGCUUCAAAUGUUUUGACCAAUUUAUUGAUGGAUGGGAUACCCGUCAUCAUAAGCUAAGAUAUUGUUAUUUUGGUGUCAA